AUGACUGGAUUCGAAAGCAAAGAGCUCCGAAUUAAAUUUUCUGUUAAUAAGAAGAACGCUAUUUUCUGGAUAGCCGAGAAGCGUAAAUAUUACGGAGGUAUUGUCAGCUAUAAAGAGAGGAAGGAUUUUACCAGAGCAGUUGUAAGUACAUCGUCAGCUUUCGCCCUGUCUUACUUAACAUUGUACAUAACAAAUAUGGAUAGGCAGGACCUGCUCAGUAACUUGAGCCAAAAUAAACAACAACAACAACAACAAUCAAUGAAAUCUCAAAAAGUUUCAUCGCUUUCAUCUGAUUCCAGUUCAUCAUUGUCGUCGUCAUCAACAUCUUCGGCCAGAGCCGAGCAAAGCAAAGCUGAUCAAAAACUAAGCACAGCUGAUCAAAAGCUAAACACAGCUGAUCAAAAGCUUAGCAAAGCUGAUCAAAAGCUAAGCACAGCUAAAAACAGACAAAGUUCAGCUAGUAAAAAAACUGCAGUUAAUGUUGCCAAAAGCAACAACUACAAUAAUAACAAUAACAACAACAACUACAACAACAACAACAACAAUAAUAAUAUAAUAUAUAUCGGGUUGAUUUAUGAACCUUACUAUGAUUUUGGUUCAGUGCAAAAUGUCGCCUCAGUAACCAUAGAGAGUUGCGCUUGCGUUAAAGAUAAUAAAAAACUCUCCGAUUUUUCAAUCUUUAUUGGCACUCUGUCAUUCAAAAGAGAUGUGACGUUCAACGAACUCAAGAAAUCCCUCAAACUCUGCUACAAAUAUACCGGUAGACCGUUUAAAAAGUCCGAGACAAAAACAUUCGCCUGCCUGUAUGGCUUUAAGACAGGUAGAUACACUUACAUAGUGAAGAACAAAGGAUACGGACCAAUUAGCCGAAAAAUUAUUCAAUCUUGUAAUUUCAAAUUCGUUAAGAAAACUUCAACAGAACUAGUUGAAGUGAAGACGAAACAAGAGAACGUGAAAGAAAUUUCUAGCGCCAAAUUCCCAGUUGUAAUGGAUUAUUACGACACGUCAAGCUGGGGUGACGUUGAUCUGAUUGGCUGGUGGCUCAUGACCUUUAAAGAAAUAUUCAAGGUCGUUGUCAUACGCCUCAUCCCAUUAGAUGGCCAACAAGACCAUCUAAGAGGCGUCAACAUUUGCGCAAGCAUGGAGAGAGACGUCAACAAUCCAACCACCCCAUGCCGGAUGAGGAAGAAAUCAUCGACAUUUUUUUGCCAAACUGGGUCGAAAGAGGCAAAAUUUGUGAAAAUUAAGGGCCCCGGUUCUGAGGGAGGUUUCAUGGUGAAAUCCCUUUCAGUCAUAGAGGUCGUAGUCGACCAGAAGAGGUCCAAGAAAAUCAUAACCCAGAAGAUAACGAUAGAAUCGCUUAGUCCCCAUUAUAAGAAUCUGGAUUUGAAGCCAAGCCUGCAGUACAGAUUCAUAUUCUUCAAGCAACUGAACGCAGACAAUAUGGGCUGGUGGAUGAUUGAACUGGAUGGGAAGUAUAAAAUCACCGAACUGAGAAUCACCAGCGGACUGGCUAGGAAUGUUCUUUCGGAGUUGCAGCGUUUGAUAAUCUCGACCUCAGAUAACCCGCCCCAGAAAUUCCACACCUCCCCAUUUCACUUACGUUUGAAACAGUGUCAAAAGGUCAACCUCAAGAAACAAGUUGACCCGAAUAAGAUGAAGAGGUUCGUCUGCCUGCCCGAGCCGGUUCAAGGUCGAUACGUAGUCAUAAUUACAUCAGCAAACGUGUUCUACCACGUCUCGGCGAUAACAAAGAUUGAUGUUAUUCUAGAAGUUAAAGAUGGAUUUCACGCGUUGAUUCAAACCCCGAUAAAUGACCGUCUAAACGCGAGACCGACUUUGGAAAAAGUAAAAGAACUCUGGUACAAUUACAACUGUUUCAUGGUUGUUAGCUGGCAAGAGAGGCAAGAAUUAGGAUAUUGGAUAAUGGAUUUGGUCUACCAAACUCAAGUUGAUUCCGUUGCCAUAUCAGUUGGAAAGAACCCAGCCACAAUGAACCUCUUCUACAUCUACGUCGGCGAAGAUAUCUACCAGCCCAUCAACCAAACAUUUCAAAUUUGUUCUGCCAGAUUGGGGAAAAGGCCAUCUGGUGAGAGGAAUCAAAAAUUCAUUUGCUACUUGGGAGCCCAGGCGGGUAGAUACGUGGUUCUCAUGAGACCGUUUGGAGGUCUCUAUGCACUGAGCUUGCUCGAAACUACAGUGGUAUACGUAUGGAAGAGUAAAUUUUAUACAGUUACCUACUCUCACGGACCACCUCCGACUAUAACGAAGCCGAAAUUCGACCCUAUACUCAGUCUCUUCGUCAACUGGUACGUGUGUUCAAAUUUUUUGAAUGGUGACGACGUGGAAGCUGACGGCAGCUGGAAAGUUGACCUGAGGAAAAGUUUCACCAUCCAUGGAGUGUGGGUGGUUGCCGGCAAAAAUGUUGAAGUUCUAAAAACUCUACAAAACUUCAUCAUAACGGCGACUGAAAGCGAGUCGGAGUAUCGCGAAAUGUUCGCGACCGAAAUUUGCGCUUUCUACCUCGGGUCAGCCCCAACCCCUUCGAGUAAGAAAUUCUUCAAGUGUUAUCCUCGCCCUGUCCUGGGCAGGUACGUGGAGUUGAGAAUUAGGAAAGAUGUCUUGUACUACAACAUUUCCGCAAUUGCUGAGCUGGAGAUUGUAGUACACCACAUGAAUACGUUUAGAAUAGUAAAAACGUACCAGCGUGAACACUUCGAGAACAAAAAAAUCGGAGGCAAACUACCGAAAUGGAAGACGAAUGUCCUUUUCUCAAAAAACACAAACAACAACAGCAAUACCUAUUACAGAUUUUUCCUAUCUCAAAAAAUUAUCAUCACCGGCUUAACGAUACACAUUGAAAAAGCUAUCUCCGUCAAACGACUUAUCAUCCUGACGAGUAACAGCCAACAAUUGGAUAACACGACUCGAAUCUGCACUUACUUCAAAUCGGAAAAAUUCCUACCCGUCAAAAAAAGUUCAAAAAUUCGCCUGACAUGCUCCACUAGGAACCACAAAAAUCGAUACGUAUUCCUCCUAUAUACCGUAACUCCGGAAUCUGAGUUUUGGUUUCGGAAGAUUGAAAUUUUUAUUCUGGAUAGGGAGAAAGGAUAUGUUGCCACCAAUGGAACAGCCUGGUGGAUGUUGGAUCUGGGUUCGACGCAUCAUGUCAUAUACGUCACCGUCACCACCUCCAAACAUUUUGAAAAAUUGCUUUCAUUAAUCGACAAACCGAUCCGAGCGAGUCGUGUCAUAGGUGCCGAAAAGUUCAUCUCUGCCGUGCUGGACAAUAAUUUGCGUACUUACGCGAUUAUCGGACCGGAUUUCAGCGGUUCUUCUUGGAUCGAGAUCGACUUCGGAGAGAUGUUCAGUGUGUUCUACGUGGAAAUAUUCAACAGUCCGGAUAAAACAUCCGUAAACUCGGGCGGUUUUACAAUCAGUAUAAAACCAAGCGGACCAUGUGAUCCGCGCCAAAUCAUCGUUUGCGCCUGUGAGAGAGGUAAGUUAAGUAGGUCACAGAAGAAAAUGUACCAAUGUCAACCCAGGUACAUCACUGGCCGAUAUUUGAUUAUUAGUAAGACCUCCGGACUGUUGGUGAUAGCGGAAGUUAGGAUUUACGGGAAGAUUUUGGAUGUUUUCACACACUCAAACUUCACCAUGAACGCGACGAAAACCACCAACAAAAACAACACAAAAAACGCGACUACAUCGCUGGCAAUGAGUUCCAGUAUCAGUAAAAUCACCGACAACAAAACAUUCGCUAACUUAAUUGCAACAGAGAACACCAGCUCAAUGAACAUAUCCAAAAUAACCAUCAGAAAAGAAGCCAAGUAUAGUAUCGGGGUGGAAGUUAGAUUGUUCGGGGCUGUGAUAGCCGGUCAAACAUCGAUAAUGUGGCUGUACAUCAAGCUAGGAGCAAGCUAUGACAUUUAUAAAAUUAUUUUGGUCACUGGAUCAAACUUUCAAACAGUUAACGACUUACAAGGAGUUUCGGUUUCCAUAACCAACACUGCAAUCAAUAGUAAUGACAAACCAGACCAGAUAACUUCAACGAAAUGCUUUGAGGUACCUAACAGCCCAAUUUCAGCAAAAUCUAAAAUUGAAUUAGUUUGCUCUCCUAAAGAAAUUAAUGGCCAGUAUAUUAUCAUUUAUAAAAAAUCCGGAUACAUAAAACUGGGAGCAAUAUCCAGUUUUGAAAUCACCAUUCUUGUUAACUCGGCUUAUUACGCAACCAUCAAGAGAGAUUCAAAGUAUAGCAUCGGUGUUGAAGUUAAAUUGUUUGGGAUUGAGAUAGCUGGCCAGAAAGCGAUAAAGUGGUUCUACGUCAAACUAGGAGCCAGCUACAGCAUUUAUAAAGUUAUUUUGCUCACUGGAACCGAUUCGCAAUACCAGAUAACUUCAACGAAAUGCUCUGAGGUUCCUAACAAGCAAAUUUCAGCAAAAUCUAAAAUCGAAUUAGUAUGUUCCCCUAAAGAAAUCAAUGGCCAGUAUAUUAUCAUUUAUAAAAAAUCCGGUUACAUAAAACUGGGAGCAAUAUCCUAUUUUGAAAUAACCAUUUUUGUUAACUCGGCUUAUUACGCAACCAUCAAGAGAGACUCAAAGUAUAGCAUCGGUGUUGAAGUUAAAUUGUUUGGGAUUGAGAUAGCUGGCCAGAAAGCGAUAACCUGGUUUUACGUCAAACUAGGAGCCAGCUACAGUAUUUAUAAAAUUAUUUUGCUCACUGGAACCGAUUCGCAAUACCAGAUAACUUCAACGAAAUGCUCAGAGGUACCUAACAAGCAAAUUUCAGCAAAAUCUAAAAUCGAAUUAGCAUGUUCCCCUAAAGAAAUCAAUGGCCAGUAUAUUAUCAUUUAUAAAAAAUUCGGCUACAUAAAACUGGGAGCCAUAUCCAGUUUUGAAAUAACCAUUCUCGUUAACUCUGCUUACUACGCAAUAACAGUUGAAAUUCCGAGCCAGCUGACUCGAACCAAUUCAUCGCGAAAUAUAUCAAUUAAUGUCUCAAAGACUGAAGAAAGUCCUCAGUGGCUCACCUUUUAUAUUGUGGUUGUUGAGUGGGUUAAGGAGGUGGAAGCUGGUUACUGGGUCUUUGAUCUUAGCAAAGAACUUGAUGUCGUUGGAGUUAUUGUCAAAAUCGGAACAGAGUGUUCUGACUUCGGUAAAUUUUCAAUUUAUGUUGAGAAUCAAGUUGACGUUUCCAGUUUUUCAAAAGUUUGUGCCAAGUAUGAUAAAACUGAUUUGACCAGUGGUGCAUUGAAAACAAUUACUUGCGAUUCUGCAACUGUGAGGGGAAGGUAUGUAGUUAUUCAGAAGUUAUCUGGCUCCAUCAAAAAAACCUGCCUUGCUAAAAUAUCAAUAAUUUUUAAGGAGGGUGGCCAAAUUAUUGAGGCUUCUCAAAGCGUAGGCAACGAACAAACUUCAAAGAACGCUGUGCCGAAGAGUGAAUCAACGAUCGACUGGUACAUUGAAUAUUAUGAAUUCCACUACAAUCUUGAUUAUAAAGGCUGGUGGAGGUUUGAUCUGGCCAUAAGUUACACUGUCAUCUCUGUGGCUGUCACUACUGGUACUGAUAACUCCGGUGAGGAUAUUAAACUUAUGGAACUAAUGUUCCCAAACAAUAUUUCAGAACAUUUCAAAAAACUCCGCUUUUAUUUCCACACAGCACUGCAAGCAUUUCAAAAUUUUGUCAUCCUUGUCAGUCAAGACUCACAACAAAAUGGUAAAUUUUGCGGAUUUUAUAAAGGGAAAAACAAGUUAGCAAGUUCAAAGAGAUAUUUAUUCAGUUGUUACAAAGUGUCUGGACGCUACGUUGUCAUCGUAAGUCAAAAUAACAACGUGGAAUACAAUUUGAGAGCCCUCAGCUGCGUCGAUAUAAUUGUUUCAUCUGGUUUUCAGUCUUUCAAGUAUGAGGUAAAAGUCAGCAAAGUGACGAUCGUCCCCCCGAGCACGCGUACCAACAAAUGGACGUAUGGCUUUGUGAGGAUUGACGUGACGGCUCCUGAGAUAACUUUCAUGGGAUUUGAUUUGGGAAGAAGUUGCUCCGUGUUUCAAGUUGAGAUCCUGCUGAAAAUUUCAAUAUCGAUAACGAAGCUCGGUUUAUUCGUCAGUGAGAGUCAAGAAUUCAAAGAUUUCAAAAGAACUUGUUUCUUUUUUGGCAAGUCUACGGCCACGACUGUCAACUCGAGAACGAAGAUGAAGUUUCAAUGUUCUGUACCUGGAGAGAGCAAAUAUCGGUACUUCUACAUGAUGUGGACCAUCAGUGAGAAGGCCGUUGAAUGGUUUGAGAGUAUAACGCUGCUGCUCGAGUACCAGGGCUCCUAUUACAUCGUUAACGUUUCAAGAAGCGAAGAGAAUCCACAGUGGCUCAUAUACUACAUAGUUGUCAUAGAGUGGGUUAACGAGGUGGAGGCUGGUUACUGGGUGUUUGACCUCGGUAAGGAGCUUGAGGUCAUUGGGGUCAACAUUAAAAUUGGACCAGGCUGCAGAGACAUGAACAGCUUCCUAGUGUACGUUGAGAAGAAAAUUGACAGUAACACACAAUUUACCAAAAUUUGUAGCAAAUACGGCAAAAUCGAUUGGAUCGGCGGUUCGUCUAAGGUUAUAACUUGCGAUUCGGAGACAAACUUGAGAGGAAGGUACGUUAUUAUUCAGAGAUCAACUGGCUCUAUAAGAAGAACAUGCAUUUUAAAAUUCUGCGUCCUCUAUAGAGAUAACAACCUCGUUGUAAACGGCUCUCUAGAAAUACCUGCGGCUAAACCUUUGCCAGACACACGCACAGAUCCAACGAUAACGAUCGAUUGGUUUAUAAAAUAUUUCGAGUUUCAUUACGAACUCGACUACAAGGGUUGGUGGAUAUUUGACGUUGCCAGGAUCCAGACCGUAUGUGCUGUUGUCUUUCUUACUGGCUCAGAUUCUAAUGCCAUGCAAACUUUGGUUAAUUUCGUGAUACUGGUCAGUGAUACGAAGGAGAUCAUCUCGAGGCAACCCUUAGCAUUCGUAAGUCCCUCAAAACCCCAACAAUGCUCGUCCUACAGAGGAUCUAGUCUCCUGACAACUUCAAAAAGGUACUCCUUUGCAUGUCUGAAAACAUCGGGCAGAUACGUAUCCAUAGUGCAACAAAACUUCAACGUGGAAUUCAACUUGAGAUCGUUGAGUAGCGUCGAAAUUGUGACCUGCUCUGGAUCCAGCAGUUUCAAAUAUAUCAUACAAGUUUCAAAGAUAUAUACAGCGUCAAUGACUAUCACGACGGUAUCCACAAAAUGGAUAUACACUUUCACGAGGCUGGAUUUCAACGUUCCUGAAUAUACAGUCUUUGGAUAUGACUUUGGCAGAGCCUGCUAUAUUCAUCUGGUCGUCAUCACUUUAAAUGGUUCUACUUUGUUCCCUUUUUAA